UGCCGAGAACAGAAAAACUAAGCGACAUCACAGAAAGUAGAAAAGCCGAAGCUGGGGAAAGCAGCUAAUACAUCUUCCCAUCUUAUUAAGCCAAGCCCACCAUGAAAUCCCCUAUGAACAGUGCAAAACCAGUGUUUUAGAUAUUGGGUCGUUUCUGCUUAAACUUCCAUCUUUUCCAUGACAACCGUUGUUCAUAUCUCCAUCAAUUCCUUAGCUUUCAGGCUGAGCAGUUUGCAUAAUGACAUAUACAAGAAACCCAUCAAAUAUUACUCUCUGUCGAGGACAAAGAUUGGUUGUUUGAAGCAGAACAGGUUCAAGGCGAGGGCUUAUUGGGAGAGGUGGUCUUCCUUGGGAGGGGGUAGUGUUAAAGAUGAGAUGUUGGGGAGAGAUGAGGGAUGGAAGAAGAAGAAGAAGAGAGAGGUUGUGGUGAGGUUCAAUCAGGGGUUUGGGUUUAAUGGUGAUGGAGGUGGUGGUGGGAAAGAUGAUGGAGCCACUGCUAGAGUUCUGGGUAAUUUAGCCUUGGCUAUUGGAUUGACUUAUCUUUCAUUUACUGGGCAGCUUGGUUGGAUUUUGGAUGCAAUUGUUUCCAUUUGGCUCCUUGCAGUGCUUGUACCAAUUGUUGGUGUGGGUGCUUUUCUGUGGUGGGCAAGGCAGGAUAUGGUUCAAGACAGUUGCCCAAACUGCGGAAACGAUUUUCAGAUUUUCAAAUCUGCUUUAAAUGAUGAUUUGCAGCAGUGCCCCUUCUGCACCCAACCUUUCUCAGUGGUGGACAACAAGUUUGUAAUGGACUCUGUGAAAUACUCCAAUCAGUCUACAACAUUUGGACAGGCAUUCAACGACUACACCCGUUCCACAAGAGGGAAGGAGUCUUCUAAAGCAGUUGUUGAUAUUGAAGCAGAAGUAAAAGAUGCGGACUGAGAGGCUGCUUGGGAGACACUCUGUUGAUGAAAAUGGUGGAAAACUAUUAUGCUUGAAAUAUGAUCUAAUAUUACUCGUAGAUUAUUGAAAAUAGUAAUAUAGAAUAGAGCAUAGAAUAGUUUCCUAGAAAAUCUGGAAAUAACAUUGUAAUCAGCGUCGUCUUAAAGGGUAAUCCGAUGUUAAACUGGUGACAUGGUGAAAGAGCAAGACUGAACAUGCGAGAAAGGGAAAUGGUUACCAAAGUGGCAUCCUAAGUGUAGAUUAUGUUUUUGACAAUGAAGACUUUGCUUCAUACUUUGUAUAUUAUUUAUGGCAAUUUGGGUUGAGUUGUAAGGUUUUUCUCGGUCACAUGACUAAACUUGCUGCCAAGGCUGAGAGAUAAA